UGGAGGACCGAGUCGUGACCGAUUCCGUCCUCUUCCCUUUUGAGUCGUGUUGUCAUUUGUCAGCAUUAAUGGUCCCUCCCACACCCUUAGAUCUAAUCUUCCACGUUCUUUUUCCACCGUUGGAUCCUCCCCUCUCUCUCUCUUUCUCUCCCUAUUCCUCAAUUUUCAAUUUCAGUUCGCGACUUUCAACUUGAAGAACCCUAACCACCACUUUCUACUCCGAUCGCUACUCAAUUCGCCAGAUUUGAUUGGAUCGGCUUGCGCACUUGGACUUUGCUGUAACACGGAAUUUGGAGCGAAAACAGUUCCCGAAAUCUUGCUUUUGUCGUUCUUGUUAUUAAAUCAUUAAUGCCAGUGAAGUAGUCUCUGGCAAUUUAAUAGUGGAGGUUCGUUCAUUGUGGCAGGGAAGAGGAGAGCUGAAAAUUGGGCAACAGAUAAAUUCGGAUUUCACAUUUUGGUGGUCUUCCAUUGCCAUUGGAACCAUGGGAUUUGUGGAUUCAAGUGUCUAAAGCACGGUCAAGGUAUGAUGAGUGGAAUUUACUCUGUUUCUGCGUUGUAGCUCAAGAUUUACCAACCAUGGAAGCCAAUGGAAUCACUCAUGAUUCUAGCUUAGGGGCUGGGAGGAGGGAUAAGAGAGAGGUGGGAGACAAGUCGAUGGAAGAUUUAAGUAAAUAUGCUCACAGUCCUGCUCACAUGGCAGUUGCCAGGCGUGACCAUGCUUCCCUGCGGCGCAUUGUUUCCGCCCUGCCUCGCCUUGCUAAGGCUGGCGAGGUCAAUACGGAGGCAGAAUCUCUUGCUGCUGAGCUUAAGGCUGAUGAGGUCUCUUCUGUUAUUGAUCGCCGGGAUGUUCCUGGGAGGGAGACCCCUCUUCACCUUGCAGUGCGUCUCAGGGAUCCGGUCUCUGCUGAGAUUUUGAUGGCUGCUGGUGCAGAUUGGAGCCUACAGAAUGAGCAUGGUUGGAGUGCCCUCCAAGAAGCUGUGUGCACUAGAGAGGAAGCAAUUGCCAUGAUCAUUGCACGACACUAUCAGCCUCUGGCUUGGGCUAAAUGGUGUCGUAGACUUCCCCGCAUUGUUGCUUCUGCAUCUCGAAUUCGUGAUUUUUAUAUGGAGAUAAGUUUCCAUUUUGAGAGCUCUGUCAUUCCUUUUAUUGGGCGAAUAGCCCCUUCAGAUACUUAUCGAAUUUGGAAGCGUGGGUCUAAUCUCCGUGCUGAUAUGACCCUUGCUGGUUUUGAUGGCUUACGCAUCCAACGAUCAGACCAAACAUUUUUGUUCCUUGGAGAGGGCUAUGUUGCAGAGGAGGGUAAUUUAACCCUGCCACCUGGUUCCUUGAUUGCUCUUUCUCAUAAGGAGAAGGAAAUCACAAAUGCUUUGGAAGGAGCUGGUACACAACCAACAGAGGCUGAAGUUGCUCAUGAAGUUUCCUUGAUGUCUCAGACGAAUAUGUAUAGACCAGGUAUUGAUGUAACUCAGGCUGAGCUUGUUCCCCAUUUAAAUUGGAGGCGUCAGGAGAAGACUGAGAUGGUUGGGAAUUGGAAGGCAAAAGUUUAUGACAUGCUUCAUGUGAUGGUUAGUGUGAAGUCAAGGCGGGUUCCAGGUGCUAUGACAGAUGAAGAGCUUUUUGCUGUGAAGGAUGGAGAAAGCAUGAUAAAUGGGGAAAACAAUGAUGAGUAUGAUGAUGUAUUGACUGCAGAGGAAAGAAUGCAAUUAGAUUCUGCGCUUCAUAUGGGGAACUCUGAUGGUACUUAUGAGGACGAGGAACAUGGAGCUUUUGAUGGUCAAGAAAAUGGUUCUGCAGCUUCCUGUGAAAAUUCUGAAGCCAAUGGUGUGGUUAAAGAAAAGAAGAGCUGGUUUGGUUGGAACAAGAAAAAUGUGAAGAGUAGUGGUGAUGACCUUGAGGAUUCCAAAACUGUGAAGAAAAAUUCCAAGUUUGGCUCAGAAAGUAGCAAUCAGAGACCAGCUGAUCAACAGAAGUCAGCAUCCGAGCUUCUGAAGGAGGAUAGUGGAGACAAUAAGAAGGGAAAAGAUAAAACCAUCAAAAAAAAGAAGAAGAAAGGAGCAAGCACUGAGCCAAAAAAUGAGAGCGAGUAUAAAAAGGGUUUAAGACCUGUGUUGUGGUUGACACCAGACUUCCCUCUGAAAACUGAUGAGCUUCUGCCUCUGCUUGACAUCUUAGCUAAUAAGGUUAAGGCUAUUAGAAGACUCAGAGAGCUUUUGACAACUAAGCUUCCUCUUGGAACUUUUCCUGUCAAGGUUGCUAUCCCGAUAGUUCCUACUAUCCGGGUGCUUGUCACUUUUACGAAAUUUGAGGAGCUUCAGCCAGUAGAGGAGUUUUCGACACCACUCUCGAGCCCAGCACAUUUCCAUGAUGCGAAAUCGAAGGAAUCAGAGGGGUCUAGUUCAUGGAUUUCAUGGAUGAAAGGAAGUCGUGGGGGGCAGUCAAGUGACUCAGAUAGUCACAGAUAUAAGGAUGAAGUUGAUCCUUUCAGCAUACCUGCAGAUUACAAAUGGGUGGACGCCAAUGAGAAGAAACGCAGAAUGAAGGCCAAGAAAGCCAAAAGUAAGAAACAUAAGAAGCAGACAGUGGCAAAAGGCGGAGAUGGAGUGAAUCAGGACGUAGAAGAAGAAUAGUAGUAUGAUAAUUGUUGCCAGAGAGAAUUUGACAGACAUUACAGUUCUACGUUGGAGGGUUUCUCCAAGAAUUUACUAGAAAUUUCUUGGGCAACCAAUUGUUAUUAGUUAAGAAAAAGGUGCCUUUAUUUUUUCUUUUUCCUCGUUUCGCGAAGAAAGCUUUAUCUUCUAUAAAUUGUUGUAUUGCCACUUGCCAGUGAAGAGGAAUUGAAGAGCAAGUGUGUAUUGCUCCCUAGAUCUCGCUUGGCUUCAUUUUAGUUGUCCUUAGAUACUACUAUUUGUAUCUACAUCUAUGUCGAUGAUUAUCGAUUUUACAUUUUCGUGAGUGGUAAUCUCCCUGUUUCUAGA